GUCAGUCAGUCUGCAUGUUUGCAGCACAGAAAGAUGUUAAAGGGUACCCAUUGGAAUUCGCUUGAAUAUUAUACAUGCCAAUGAAAGGAUUAAAUUGGAGUAGCAAUUAAGGACUGGUCCAAUGUCUUGCUCGUGGCUUUAGCUGCAGAAAUACAUAUUUUGUUAUUGUUUUCUGUGUUCAUUUGCAUUAAGGUAGACGACAGGCGACAGUAGCCUAAUCGAACGAGUGCAAUUCAAAUGAAUUACAGUGUGCUGUGUUCAUCUGUAGAGGGUGUUAAUUACCGCAGUUGCUUCAGUAACUGAGUUAAGAGGAUGGAAGCCCUAAUGUCCGUGUCCUUCAGAGAAGAAUUGGCCCCGACUGUGGAGCAGGCCGUGAAAAUGGCGGUGGACACGGUGGUUUAUGAGUUAGCCAAACUUAUGCACGGCAAGCUGGCAGAUUUUCAGAAGGACGCGGCAGCCAAGCAGAGGGAAAACUUGAAUUUGAGGUUGCGACUGGACGCCUCUGAGCGUGAGCUCAAAGCCAUGCGCAAGUACAUGGAUCUGGCAUACCAUAAGAUGGCCAAAUCCAGUGCAAGUGCACAACAAAAACCUGUCUCUGAUGAUCCCUUCCUCGGCCACUUUCUCGGGAAGCUGGACGGAACCUCUGAGCUGCUGUUUCCACUUCGACCCAAAGAGGAGGUGCAGUCUAACACCGAGGGAUGCCCAGAUUUUGCUGGAAAUGGCAAUGGAAGCAACAGUCCGAAGUCUGGUUCUGCACUGGGGAAUAUAGACAUUGCGGAGGGUCGAUCGGAUCACAGUGUCCUGAGCGACGCGGCUGAUGUGACAGCUUUAUUUCAAGAAAAUGCAAACAAAGCGAACAGUGAACUGCACGUUUCUUUCCACGAUCGAGUUGGACUGGAAGAACCAGGUGCACUUUCUUGGAACCAAACUGAGAAAGAGGUUGAAGAUAAAACAGAUUUUAAACAAUUUGACCAGAGGCCCAAGAGAGUUCCAAUUAAAGGGAUGAAUGUGGAGGCACUUAAUUAUGCUCAGGAUGUCUCUGAACUUGGUCCUGUGCACAUCAAGGAGGAAGACAGUGAGCUGGACUCUGAAGGCGAUCUGGACUCUGUGCUUGUCAAAGAGCAUCCUAAUUUGGAAUCCCUGAACAUUGAAUGGGGUGACACUGAUGACAGCAAUGGGACUCCAGAAGGUGUGGGACUUCAGUCAAGCAACAACCAGUUAUGUCCUCCACCAUUAGCCUGUGGAAGUACUGCUACAGAAAAAGAGGGAACCGUACAGGGGGCUUCCCAAGUAAGCUCCCAUCUUCCUAGGCUGUCUUCUUCAGAAGGUGUAAAAGCUUUGAUAACUGAUCAGGUCCCGCUUUCUCCUGCUGAGAUGUACCAUGCAGAUGGAAAAGAAAAACCCUCUUUCAUUAACUCAAAGGGCACAGUCUCUAUGAAUAGUGAUGCUUGUUUGGAGGGCAGUUCCAAUCUGAAAGUAUUACAUCACUGCAGUGACUGUGGAAAGAGCUUUACUCGGGUCAGCACCCUCAAGACCCAUCAGUUAAUACACUCUGGAGAAAAUCCUUUCCGGUGCUUGGAUUGUGGAAAGAUGUUCAGAGAAUCUGGCAAACUAAGGAAGCACCUGCUCAGCCACUCUAAAGAACUCUCCGAGUCCCCACAUGGGUAUGGGGAAACUUUUAUAUCUGCUGUAGGUCUUCAGCAACAUUUCCCAUCUGCAGAUCCAAGUUUGAAUGCAAGCACGGAGAACAGUAAGAAAGAAGAAGUUAAAGAGCCAAAAUCACACAAGAUGGCAUUAAGUGUGUGUCAUUGUAAUCAGUGUGGUAAGCGAUUUACUCGAACCAGCACCCUUAAAAUACACCAACUAAUUCACACAGGAGAGACACCAUAUCGCUGUAAUGUAUGUGGGCGAGGGUUCCGGGAAUCGGGAAAGCUGAAGAGACACCAACAGGUUCACAGUGUCGACACGCCUUAUCACUGUGUUAAAUGUGGGAAGAAUUUCAGACUCUUGGGCACAUUUGAACAACACCAACUUAUGCAUUCUGGGCAGAGCCCAUACAUAUGCACUGACUGUGGUAAAAAAUUCAGUCGACUGAGCAACCUUAAGUCUCAUCAACGUAUUCAUACAGGAGUGACCCCGUUCCGAUGCUCUGAAUGUGGCAAGGGCUUCACUUUGCUUCCGAGUCUCAGGAGACACCUGCGCAUACACACAAAUGAAGCACCUUUUCAAUGCACUGAAUGUGGCAAGAGCUUUAGACAUCCAGAAACGCUUAAGUCACAUCUGCGUAUUCAUACUGGAGAAACACCGUACUGUUGCUCAGAUUGUGGAAAGAGAUUCAGUUGCUUACAGAACCUUAAAAGACACCAACGGAUUCAUAUGGGAGUGGCUCCCUAUAAGUGCAAUGAUUGUGGGAAGUGUUUCCGUCACUCUGAUACUCUGAAAUCUCACCGUAGAAUCCACACAGGAGAAACCCCAUAUCACUGCACUUCCUGUAGCAAACGUUUCAGGAGACUUGAUGCUCUGAAAAAACAUCAGAGAAUUCACAUUAGGGACCUGGCAACAAUGGCCACUGUGAAAGCAGAGUAAAAUUCAUUGGUGAAGUUUACGUAACUUGAGCCUGCUAAGUUUGCUUUAGGUUUAAAACAGAUAGCUCAUUGUAUAUCAUCUCAGCUGCCAGGUUACCACAUACUAUAUAUUGGUGACAAAACCAAUCACUCAUCUCAAAUGUUGACACUUUAAUAUUAUAGUAUUUGUUUUUCUUAUGUUUUUUUUUUAAGCAACAUCUCCGAUGUUUCUGUGUGGUAGAGGAGGUGUGAUUGUGUAGUAAGUGAUUCAUACUCAAAGUGGUAUUAGAAAUCAUUGAACACUAUCUUACAUUUGAGGUCAUUUCAUGAUUUUAGGUGAGCACAAGAUGUACACUAACAAAAUAUCGUAACCUUUAAAAUUAAUUAUUGUGUUAGACCUACCAUCAAAGUACUUACUGUAUUGUUUAUACAGUAGCUGUGACUAUGGUGUAUACCCUUUGGUAGUUAAAUGUAAAGCUUAUGUGUAGCAAGUGAAGACCAUACUGGGAAAUUAAUGGGCAGUUAUUGAUAUUAUAUCUUUUGCCUGUUCUGCAGCAGGAGCCUUUUUCUUUCUUAUUGCCGAGUUGUUAUAUCUAAGCCCUUUCCACUCAGAUGCAUCUGUAUCUGUAGUUUUAUUUUUUGAGGCAGAAUAUUUUUUACUGUUUUUUUCUCCUUUGUGUCAGUUCGGUAUCCAUUUUGUUUUUGUGACCAACAGUGGUAGAAACAAAAAAGUGAGAUUAAUAUAUAUUAGAAAAGUAGAUUUAUGCUGGAAAGGGUUUGCAUUGCUUUGCUCGACAAGGCAAAAUUAUUUAAUUGGUUAAAGUGUACAUAGAACAGAAAGUGCUCAGUAAGUAAAUGCAAUACUUUAAAAAGAUGAGGAAGAAAGCCUAAUGUAUCAUCAUGCCUGCUGAGCAAGAUUCCAGUUCUUUAAGGGAUGCCAAAUAAGAAAAACUCUUAGUGGUGAGUGCUUAUUUCAUGCAGUGGCACUGGUAAAGAAUUGGGUAACAAACAACCACACAGUUUGGUCUUAAAAGAAAAUUUACCUCAAUGUCCCUCAUAAUUGUUUUCUUGCCUUAAUCAUUUUUAUGGACCAGAGAUGUUUGCAGUUUCCAUUCAUCCUUUUUUAUUCUUUCUUAAAAGUCCUUACAGUAGAGGGCCGAUUUGUGCUGCUUUGGCAGUUAUGAAUGGAUGGCUGAAUACAAAUGUAGACAAAGUUCAUCACAAUCACUCAUACUGGGCCAAUUUAGAGUCACCAAUCAACCAACUCGCCUGUGUUUGGUAUUUUAUGUUAAGUAAGCACAUGGUGAAAAAAAAGCAAUGCAGACAUAAGCAAAAGGUGUAAACUUUAAACAGACAUUGACUGAGCCCAUGUUCAAACCAAGGUACCUGUAAUUGUAAGGCAUCUUUGCUUAGCACUUUGCAGUUAUCAUUUUAGUAAAGUUUUUAUAGAGUGAUUGUGAAAUGAGCCUCAAGUCUCCACUAAUACGAUUGGGUGGUCUACAAAAAGAUCAAUGAAAAGAAUGCAUCUUAAAAAUCUAUAGCAAUGUACAGCCAUGCUGUACUGACACCAGGCUGAAUCUGGAGCACUUAAGUGUUAAAAACAAUAUUGCACAAAAUGUCUAUUAAGGCCGUGCAUUUAUGUACUUGAAUAACUGAAACUAUUAAUAACCAGUUUGUUAGUUAAAUGUAAAUUAUUGCUUUGGUAUGACCAGAAUAAACAAGGAUAUCACUAUUAAAUCUUCCUGAAGUUGUGAAAGAGAGAGAGGGAGGUUGGGAGCAUGCACCACACUAAUUCGAAUGGUGUGUCACUAUAAAAAGAACAAUUUUAUUUGGAACUGAUUAAUUUCCAAACAUAAUUAACAUUAUCAGAUACAUUGAAAUCGGUGACGUUGACAGCAUGAUAUUGCUGAUAUUUUCAUAUUGAAACACUCCGUCAACUGCUUUUUUCACUAAUAAAACCUUGCAAAUUAUUCUUGCAGUAAUAAAUAACCGAAAGCACAGUGUUGAAUUUUGGUAGUUGAUCAAAUUACUCUCCUUUUUUAGUUUGCACCUAAUAUUGCUUUUAUUAUCACAUUAUAGAUAGUUAAUGUCACAAGUGCUGUUUAUCACAUAUUAUCUAUCAUACAAUCAACUUAAGAAUUGUUGGCAUCCUUCAUGAAACUGAGCAAAAAUGAAUGUGUCUGUAAAACAUGUUUCAAAAUUAAUGAUACUCUUUCACUUAAUAUUUGGAGAUGCCUCUCCUAGAAAGGAUAACAGCACAAACCUGUGCAGUGUGGCAAGGUUAGCGUAACCCCAAAAUAUCACCUAAAUCCACACAGAAAAGGUCACAAAAGCGCAAAAUCAAUGGUUUGUAGUAUCUUAGUCUCAGGAUUUGAAUCCUACUGAUAAUCAGUGGUCUGGCAGGACAAGGAGGACAAGGGUGGUCCACAACUGCACCCUUAAAAACUAUCGAGGAUCUUGAAGAAGUGAGCUCCAGCCUUGCUGCACUUUACAAGAUUAAGUGUAGUUAUCCUUUCCAGGGGAGGCUUCAUCAAAUGUUAACUGUUGGGAUGCCAAUAAUUUUGAAACUUCACAGAAAAACACAAAACUUCAUAAUAAAAAUGUUUGUUUUGGAAAACUAUUGUGUUCAAAAUAUGUGGCUUCCCUACAUGUUUGAGCCCAAAAUAAGACACAUUUUGUAAGGUCAUUUUGUGCAUUCAUUUUCACUCAGUUUUACGAUGGAUGCUAAUAAUUCUUGAGAUGAAUAGAUCAGGAGCACUAAAUUGGCCUUAUUAGCCUUGACUCCUGUGUUCUGAUACUUUUGUUGUUGUUAUUUCUUAUCCUACUUGCUUUAAAUCAUGUUUAAUUAUAGUCAUGUUUAAAAUGAGGCGGAACAAUCUUUUAAAAUUACAGAAAUGAACCUGAAACUUAAGUGCUGGGGAUCAGAGUAAGAGCAGAUUCAUAAAUAAAUAAAAACGGAAAUGUCUGUGGAAAUAGCAUGUAAUCACAUUGUACUGGCAAGUGAAAUGUGGGAUUUAUGAAUAACACUGUCAGAAAAGGAAAAGAAACACUGUCACACUUUAUAUACUUUAGAAAUUAAAGCGUGCAGCAACAGCACUUUAAAUAGAAGUACAAGUGGAAAAACAAGAUAUUUCAACAUUCUGUUCCUGGCUUAUUUCUUAUGGUGUCUCAUUUCUCUAUUCACUAACAGUUUAAACGAAUUAAAAAUCUGUGGAUUCCUCUUGUCCAUAGAAAUUUCAAGGUAAGAAAAACAAUAAUUCAAAUGACUAGAGCAAUGAUGGAUUGAAUAGAAAAGGAUAGAAAUACAAAUACAGAAAAGCAGUAAAGAGUUUGUCAUUUAACACUAAAACCUAUUAGCUGCAGCAAAUAACUUCUACACAUGUAGACAUUGAAUCUAAAAGAUGGUAUUUACACUCACCUAAAGGAUUAUUAGGAACACCAUACUAAUAUGGUGUUUGACCCCCUUUCACCUUCAGAACUG